AGUGCACGAGUCCGUCUUUUAUCUAUGCCUGUUCUUAACCCUCCUAAAGGGUGUCAUCCUCUUGUAUCAGUUUAUCCUUGGCUAUGUGUUGCAUUUUAUGUGAUCAGUGGUUAUGGUGUGUAAGCGUGCAGCAGUGAGCGGUGCGGCAGACAAGCAACAAGGGCAGAUAUAUUUAACUAGGGCGGCGAAGAGAUGAUUAGAAAAGGCCACAGAAUCAUACAUCCAUAACAUUUUACUCCCAAGCUCUGUUCAUUCUGGGAUUUACUUUUUAUAGGGCAUUGAUUAUAACUGUAUUAUUAUCAGUCAAACAAUCAUUUCAGCCUCCUGGAAUUUGCAGUACCUUUUCUGUAAUGGAGCUGAGUGGUCCAAACAUCAGAAAUUCUCACAUCACCAGGUCUGUAUAUGUGUCUUUGGCUCAUUUGUCUGUCCUGAAUCAUUAAAAUAGAAUGCAAGAUUAAUGUUGGUGAAUCAGUGUGUUCAGGCCAGGGAAAUAUUGUCGGAGUUCUGGGAGUUUCUUUCUGUUCACCUGUUUUACCUGCUACUAACCCCAUCCAACCUCUAGAUGGCACCAGACACACGGUAGGAGCUGAGUCCACAGGUGUUCUCCAUCAGCCUCAUCAGGAGAGGAGCUUAAGUACCCAACGUUGCCAACACUCCGGCGCCUGAGUGUUAACCUGCAGCGGUUACUUUCAGUUCCGAGCUUCUUAUCCAGUCUGCGUAUGCAGAAGAUCCAGACUCUCUCUCUGCAAGAGAACUUCACGGAUUAUCUUCUCAGUUGGCUGCAUUCUGGUUUCAAGUCUCCUCAGGCUUCCUGUGAACGAACCUGGCUCACCCUCCACCGUACUCUCCUCCAAGAUCAUCCACCUGGUGCUACCUCCACCUCAAGUGCAGACAGAAUUACCUGGACCAUUCACUUACCCGACACGCUCCCGGAGUUUUCCCAUCAUCUCACUUCUCCUCCCCCCUGGCGGAUCUCCUAAUCACCCUUUCCUCCUUGACUCCUGACACGUUCAUCUGCGACCGAAGACAUCCACCUCCCCAGCAUGUCGCUGAAAGUCCAGACCAGUAAUGUGACAAACAAGACAGACCCCAAGUCCAUCAACUCCCGGGUGUUUAUUGGCAACCUAAACACAGCAGUGGUGAAGAAAUCGGAUGUGGAGAGCAUCUUUUCCAAGUAUGGCCGAGUGCUGGGCUGCUCCGUGCACAAAGGCUUUGCCUUUGUCCAGUAUGCCAGUGAGAGGCAUGCACGAGGGGCUGUUGUUGGGGAGAACGGCAGGGUGCUCGCAGGACAAAUGCUGGACAUAAACAUGGCAGGAGAACCGAGGCCAAACAGACCCAAAGGCCUGAAGCGCUCAUCUGCUGCCCUCUACAAUGGCCAUGAGUUUGACUAUGAUCACUACAGAGAGGACUUUUAUGACAGGUUGUUUGAGUUCCGCGGCAGAGUGUCUCCGGUCCCUCGGGUGGUUCCAGUCAAACGCCCGCGAGUGGCAGUACCGCUGGUGCGACGGGUCAAAUCUCUGCCGGUCAAAGUGUUAGCAUGUAGCGCCUCAGUCCUUCCCACCAACGGCAACAAAAAGAGAUCAGCGGUGAAAGGAACGGAGCUGCAGGCGAUCAAGUCCGAGCUGACUCAGAUCAAAACCAACAUCGAGGCUUUACUGGGCAGACUGGAGCAGAUCACGGAAGAAACACGCAUUACCGCCACAGAUCUGAUCAAAGCAGAGGAGUGUCAGAGCAAGGAAGCAUGGCAGGAAGGGGAGGAGACGAGCUCGGAGCUGGAGGAUGAGGAGGAGCAGAGACAGAACAGUGAAGCUGAAGAGGAGGAGGAGGAAGAGGGAGAGCAGCGGCAGGAUGAUGCUUAUAACCACGGGGAGAACAGUUCCCUUUCACCAGAGACUGAUCCUGUUCAUCCUUGAGAGGAGGUGUUGAGGAGACAGAAAGAUGGAAAGCUGUGAACCAACGAGUGGAUUUAAUCACAGGAAGGCCAUCAAACAGCAGGGACUCUCAGAAACACACGUGCUAACACAGAUACACUGAAAAGAGACAGACUCGACACGUUGUCCAAGCCACAGGAAGACACUAAAACAGCAGGAACUACCAGAACGCAUCAGUUAUAAAUAUUUCUAAACGCACAUUCAUGGAGACUCAGCUCUGUGUCUACACCAUGGGGAGAUAGUAAAAACAGCAGGCUGUUGUCAGACUGGUUUCAUGCACACUUCAUGAAACAUCUCUCCAUGCUACUGCAGCGUCGUUUGGGAAAACCAAAGAUCCUCCCAGAUCUUAAAACACAACCAAAUGAACAUCAUCCUUUUUAAAUCAACUUUCUACGCAUUUCAGAGGAAUUUUAGCUUGUAUAAUUCCUACACCAUGGAGCUGAGCUAAAGCUGAUUUCAUGUUUAUGUAUUUUUGUUUAUGUUCAAUAAAUAAUCCCAGAAUAAAUUAUUUCACAUAGGGGUAAAUAAAGGGGAUCCAGAGGCUGUAACCUGAUUUUAUUUCAAUCCAUAUCAAGCUGCCAAACAGUUCAAAUUAGUUCACUACAUUUAACCAGUUUAUCCAUCAUUUUAAGACAUUUGGUAUGCCACCAAACUGUUUUAUUUACAAACAACAACAAGGUGAAACCAGUGCAAGAAUAACUUUUAGAUAAACUCAUAACUUGUGCUUUCAUGAUAUUUGUACAACUUUGGAAAUGUUUACAGUUGGUUGUGUGUAAAAAUGGCUUCAUUUGAAACUGCCUGCAAAAGGUUUUAAUAAAUGUUGUGAAAGCUGCAAAUCAGCAACCUUCAGCCAAGCUUAUUCUGCACAAAAUCACUCAGCCAAUCAGAUGCAACGAUUGUUCGCUAUUUUGAUAAAGUUUGUCCCUUGUUAAUGUAAAAUGCAAGAAGAUUAUUUUCAACAGUGUAUAAUGUCAUCAACAAUCCAAGAAUGUCUGGGAGAGGGGGGAGAAAAAACAUGGUUUUAAAGCACAGAUAAAAGGCUGCUGCAGCUGCUGUAUGUGAAACACAAACUUCACGCACUUUUCAUGCUCCGUCUUCAUGUCUUCUGGUUUGUUUUCCUUUAUUACCAACAUCUGCUUCUCAGCUUAUAAAUUCUGCUUUUGCUCUCCACUUUUCAUAAACAACUGUUCUAUUUUCUUAUUAAUCUCUCUAACAUGUUUUGCAUUUUGAUUUCUAUACCUUUGAGAAUUGUCAUGUUUUCUUUGUCUGUCUACUUCUACAUGUACAUGAACUUUAAUGACAUCCUAUUCUUAAUCCAAGGUCCAAUGUGUUGAUAGCUGUUGCCAGCAAUUAGUCUGUAAACAUCUUGCAAGGUUUAGGAGUGUGUUUAUAGUUAGAUGAGAAAACCAGAACUGCAGCCUCUGCUGUAGGUCAUCCCAAAGGUGUCCAUGAAGGUUGAGGUCAGACUCUGUGAAGGACAGGCAGAUGUCUCCACACCUGCAGCCAUGGAAGUGACUGGAACACUCACCUCACCAGAGGUUAAAACCCAGUUUCACUUAUAAACGGCUUAAUGUUGUCAUAACAUUUACAUGUAUCAGUUCAAUGUAUUGUGUAUUAUUGCUUCUGCUGCAGUUUAUCAGAAUCCCUGGAGAAAUGUAAAAAGUUCUCUUUUUUAAUAACUCAGAAAAGGUCAGGAGUUGUUUCUAAUUGUAGCAAAGAAAUAGUUUCUGCCUCACAAUAACGAUCUCUCACUCUUGACAUGGAUUAUUCUCUUUUUUUUAAAUUACAUCCGGAUUAGACCUCCAGCCCAAUUCUCUGACCCAUGGGGCAGCCUUCCUAGAAAACAGGCUGUUCAUAUUACAGCUUUGGGGCAGCAGAUGUUCAGUACUGUUAGGAGUAACACUGAAAUGUGUAGUAACAGCCCGGAAGAGUCAUCAAGGAACAAAUAUAAAACUAGCCAUGUAAAAUCAUGUUAAACUGGGCUUUCUUGAGCUUCUCCCUUUGAACAAGCUGUAUCUGCCUCAUCACUGAUUGUUUAAUUGGUUUUUAUCACUUUACACUCUGCAGGGUCAUGAGUGUCCACCUGCCCACCUGCAGUAAUUUAACAUAACAGUGGACAAAUUAAGUAGACCACUCUAUAAAUGACCCUAUGUGAAAAAGUAAAUACCCCCUAUACCUAGUUGAUCAAGUCUUGGCAGCAUCUAGUGUUUGUCAUAACUGGUAAUGAGUCUUUAACUUCUCUGUGGAGAAGCUCUGGCCCACUCUUCUUUGCAGAAUUGGUUUAAUUCAGACAUAUAGGAAUAAUUUGAUUGCAGUGAUUGCCUCAAAAAGUUGUGCAACAAAAUAUUAAGUUAAGGUACCAUCAUUUUG